AUGUCUUCAUCGGAUUCAAAAAAUCAAUUCUCCAAUGAUCAAGAUGCCAGUGUUCCUGGCUCUUGGUCAUCUGGUCUCUUCGACUGCUUGUCCGAUGUCCCAAAUUGUUGCGUAACUUGGUGGUGUCCAUGCAUCACUUUUGGACAGAUUGCAGAGGUUAUCGACCAAGGAUCACCUUCUUGUGCAGCAAGUGCAGCACUUUAUGCACUUUUCGAAGCGUUAAUUGGGUGUGUCUGCAUAUACUCUUGUUACUACGGCACAAAGAUGAGGAAACAGUUCAAUUUACCAAAACACCGUUAUGGAGAUUGCCUUGUUCAUUUUUGCUGUGAGCCCUGUGUUUUGUGUCAAGAAUACCGUGAGCUCAAAAGUCGUGGAUUCGACAUGUCCGUUGGAUGGCAAGGAAACAUGGAGAAGCAGACAAAAGAAGUGGUAUUCACAUGGAUGAAAAAAAAACUCCGUUUCACCAAUUCGCCACUCUGGGUACACGUUUUCAAUGUGCCGGCAGACCUCAUGACUCGUUUAAUGGCUGAAUUCGUUGCAAAUAAGAUUGGCUCCUUCAUGGAUGUUCAGACAAACGCACAAGGGAAUUGCUGGGGUAUCUCCAUACGAGUUAAGGUUCUGAUUGACAUCACCAAGCCGAUUCCUAGGAUGCUAGAAGUUGAGUUCAACGAUGAGCCCCUCACGCUGUACUUCCAGUACGAGAAACUUCCAAUAAUGUGUUUCUUCUGA